AUGACAAACGAUGCCACCGAUGGUUCGGUUGCUGUGAAGCCUCGAAAGAAGCGCAAGCUUUCGAAGGAUGUGACGAAGAACAAGGAAUUUGCGGGUUCCAACUUGCCCCAGGCCAGUGAAGGAGCCCAGAAGCGCAGGAGACUGAAGACCGCGGCUGGGCCCAACGCGGCUCGGUCGAACAGACCCGAGAGCGGUGAAGCCACCGCCAAGGCCUUCCGGAGCCAGCACGCGAUUUCAGUCCGGGGAACUUGCCCAGCUCCUGCGGGAAGCUUCCAGCAAGCCAGAAGCUGCUUGGGGGAUGAUCUGGUGAAAGGGAUGGAGGAGCAGGGAUAUAGUGCACCCACUCCCAUACAAGCACAAGCAUGGCCCAUUGCAGUACGUGGUCAUGAUCUGGUUGCAGUGGCCAAGACCGGAAGUGGAAAGACCUGUGGCUACCUACUCCCUGCUUUGGCCCUCAUUGCUAAACGAGGCCCGACCCAAAGCCUCCAGCACAAGAAAGGUCUAGAUCAACGACCGCCGGCCCAACCCAGCUGCUUGAUCAUGGCUCCAACCCGAGAGUUGGUCCAACAGAUCGGCAAAGAGGCCAAGAAAUUCGCGGGCAUUGUGGGCGCCCGCGUUCUGGGCAUUUUUGGAGGUGUACCCAAAGGCCCGCAGGUCUCUGCUUUGCGCGCUGGCAUCGACAUGCUGGUGGCGACACCUGGUCGUUUGCGCGAUUUUAUGACAGGGGACCAGUCCAAGGCCCCAGUCGUGUUGGUGGAUUCUGUCACCUUCCUCGCUGAUCGGAUGUUGGACAUGGGCUUUGAACCCGAGAUUCGGCAGAUCAUUGCCCAGUGCCCCGCUGCCGGCUCAGCGCAAGAGACGUUAAGCGGGGAGGCACGACAGACGCUCUUCUUCACCGCCACAUGGCCUCCGGAUGUGCAACGGAGCGCACUGCACUUCACUCAUCAUGCUCUUCGAGUUGAAGUGGGACAGUCCAGUGGGAAGGGCGGUGGUGGUGGCCUUGCGACCAACACCAGUAUCAAGCAGACAGUGAAGCUGGUGAAGGAGGAGGAGAAGUUGAUGGUUUUGAAGCAGGUCAUCCGCUCAGACCUGAAGCCCGGGGAGACUUGCAUGGUCUUUACAGGUCGCAAGCAGACCUGCGAUGCUCUAGAGAAGGAGCUUACUUGGGAUCCCAUGCGACCGGAGGCACCGAUUUGCGCCUGGUGUCGAGCCCUGCAUGGUGACAAGGAGUCCCAGACAUGUUGUGCCCUCCCAAAUUUUACAUCAGACGAGACAGAAGUCACAUGCUUGUCGUCAAAGUCUUUCAAAGCGGACGUAACAACAGUCCCCCAGCUUGUUACGCAUUUUGUUGAAUCAUUGACCACUGAGCAUGAUGCUUGCCGUUCCAAUGUGCUGUGA